CCGUAAAAUGACCACACCAAUAAAUAAUCCGUCACAUGAUCACGUUUCUAAAGCGAUUUUCUAUCCCACUGACUAACGCACACAAACACUGCGCUCGGUUCGGUCCGGUUCCUUCAGAUGGGCAGAAACACACCAGACUCAGAUGAUAGAGGACGGGAGGUCUGACUUAAUGCUGCCCUCCUAAAGUGGAAUUACUGUCUGGGACAAUUAACAGAUGCUGAAAUGGAGAGAUCUGCACUUAGUGAUGAUGAGGACAGGUUUAGUAAAGACAACAAACUCUGGAUUCUUUCUUUUAUUUCCCCUAAUUAUAAAUCCCGACGGAGAUUUUACUGACGCUUCCGUUCCGCACGCGCGACUCAGAGACAGAGCAGAUUACAGUUCUGCUACACUUACUGAGACAUUCACUCAUCGGGGACAAUGCAAAUGCUUUUUGGUACAAACGAAUAAUCGUUAGAAGACAACUGACAAAACCCAAUAUUUCUGAAGUAAACUGUCCGACCCUGAAAGUAGUGAACAUUUUUUAAACGCCGAUUCCGCGCGACACGUUGCACAUGGAAGACACGAUUCGGUUCUUCUUUCUCAGCCCAGAAUGACGAGCGCUCGCGGUGGAUGGAACAGAAUCAGAGCCGUCUGCUUCAUGGACAAAUCAGAGCAACGCAGCGCAAAUCCAAAUCAAUAGACCUCAUCGAUGGGUUCGUAUAUAAGGAUUGUGCUCGUACACGCUUACUUAAACAUGCUGGAGGGAAGUCUGUUAAAGUAACUGGAUGAUUUGCGUGUGUGUUAUAUUUGGUUUGUAUUCUCGACGCAUUCAAAAAUAAUCUAGCCAUUUCAAAUGGAUUUGGAGACUGGAACAUGGGACACCAUUCCGUGAUUUUUGCAAAGGUAAUGUUAAAAUAAUGAUGGAUGGAUUUGAAGAAUAUUUGCUACAGUGUGCUUGGAGUAGAUAAUCUAGGUCUUUGAGUCCCAGAAAUUUAUGCUGCUUUUGCGUUUCAUCUGUCUCACUUUGGACUAGUGGAAUUAUGGGGUGAGUGCUGCUGUUAGUGAAAAAGCCAUGGAUGUAAAUUUCUCCUCGGUUCUUGACAGCAGUUUAGUGCGGCAUGAUUCAUCAAAGCGUGUUCUGACUGGCUGCUUUCUUUCUCUCCUCAUCCUGACAACUCUUCUGGGAAACACACUGGUCUGUGCUGCUGUCACAAAAUUUCGCCAUCUGCGUUCCAAAGUCACUAACUUCUUUGUUAUAUCACUGGCCAUUUCAGACCUGCUGGUGGCCAUUUUGGUGAUGCCAUGGAAAGCGGCUACUGAAAUUGUGGGAUUCUGGCCUUUUGGUGCUUUCUGCAAUAUUUGGGUGGCAUUUGACAUCAUGUGUUCCACUGCUUCCAUCCUGAACCUGUGUGUCAUUAGUGUGGACCGGUACUGGGCAAUUUCGAGUCCAUUUCGUUAUGAGCGCAAAAUGACACCCAAGGUGGCAUUCAUCAUGAUCAGUGUGGCAUGGACCUUGUCUGUUCUUAUCUCCUUCAUCCCUGUGCAGCUAAACUGGCACAAAGCACAAAGUGCAGUUUACACUAAACUUAAUACCACCUACACUGAUGUUCCUCCAGACAACUGUGAUUCUAGUCUUAAUCGAACAUAUGCCAUUUCCUCCUCUCUCAUCAGUUUCUACAUUCCUGUAGCCAUCAUGAUUGUCACCUACACCCGCAUCUACCGCAUUGCCCAGAAGCAAAUCCGCAGGAUAUCUGCCCUGGAGCGUGCUGCAGAGAGUGCCAAAAAUCGCCACAGCAACAGAGGAAACAGCAGCAACAUAGAGUCUGAAAGCUCCUUCAAGAUUUCCUUUAAGCGCGAAACCAAAGUCCUUAAAACACUGUCGGUUAUAAUGGGGGUGUUUGUGUGCUGCUGGCUGCCCUUCUUCAUCCUCAACUGCAUGGUGCCUUUCUGUGAGCCCAAUGAACAUGUGGACUUCCCGUGCAUAAACCCAACCACCUUUGACGUCUUUGUCUGGUUUGGCUGGGCUAAUUCUUCACUCAACCCUAUCAUCUAUGCAUUCAAUGUUGACUUCCGCAAAGCAUUUUCUUCCCUUCUAGGCUGCCAACAUCUCUGUCCUGGCAGCAACUCUAUUGAGAUUUUGAGCGUCAACAACAUCGAAGCAUCCAGACAUGGCUCACACUAUCAGCCCAAGGGCCUCAUCCCUAAAAGUGGUAGUAACAGCAACUGUGUGAUCCCUCACAGCAUUCUAGACCAGAAUGAGGAAGGUCAGAAGAAGGAAGACAAUACUGGGUUUAAGCCCUCUGAGAAAUUCUCCCCCUACAUGUCAGACAACCUGGACAGUGACAUUUCCCUGGAAAAGAUUAACCCCAUAACACCGAAUGGACAGCUCAAAUUCAUACCUUGCUGAACUUUAGGUUUGUGAUCACAGCUCACAUCUGUUAAAAAAACACGCUGGACUAAAAUAAAAGCUGUGACCAUUCAAAGAAUCUUUCUUUUGGAAGGACUUUAUCUGGGUAACUAUCUGCAAAAUUCUGAUAGCAUAUUUUCUCAAAGUUAACAGGUUAGUUUUAAGGUUAAUAACUUCAAUAAAAAAUUUUCUGUACAUAAACAUGGUUUAUAAUUUAUGGGUGUUCAUGUUUGCGUGCUUGUUCAUUUGUUGCAG